UUUCUUUGAGAGAUGCCAACCAUAUCUCUCAGAGAGAUGCCAACCAUAGAAAACAAACCACAGAGUAAAUAAAUAAAAUUAGAUUUUCGGAAAAUUGCUGUAAAAAUUCUUCAAAUUUACACAAAUUUGCGAAUUUAUAAAAAAAUAUUGCAAAUGCUACGUAGAAUAUUCUUAAUUUCAAUGUGAAAUCUAUUCGAAAUGGCAUCAAAAAAGCUUAGAUUUCGUGGCGAUGCAACUACAAAUCGCAUAGAUGACAUCGGUGGAGAUGUUGAUGAUGAUGAACGGAAACUACUGAAGGAUGUGGAUGCGGCGGUGGCGGCAGAAGUGGUAGAUGGUAUUCAUAAACGUUCUAGUGGGAGUACUAGCAAAGAAAACAGUGAUAUUAAAUCAACCAAAGAGAAAAAGGCAGUAGCCGAAGAGGAGGAAGAGGAAUAUCCUUCAUUCAUGGAUUUCUUCAAAUUGGAAUAUAUUUUUUGUUGGCUGCCUUUUUGUUGGCUGCCUUCGUGUGUUCUCUAUGGCGUGUUUUUGCUGCUGGCAAGUGGCUGACUAUGGACGGACGCACAACAAACAUUGGAACAUGCACGUACUGCGCAAUCUCCGGAGCAAAGCGUGUGUGCUCCCCUCCCUUCCCUUUUCAAGAGGUUUUUGUGAUUCUUGACUGUUUUGUUUUGCUUUACUCAAUCGUGUUUAAAACACAAAUCACGUAACAUUACUCCAGAAUUCCCAUGUCCAUAAGAAACCAAGCCGAAAAGGAACACUCAAUUGGAACCCACAACCGGCAAAUUUUGGUAAUUCUCCCGUUCUAAUUACACAACAACAAAUUGCAUACUGCACUCUGUCUACUGUUCUCUUUUUUCAAACAUUCAUCUCUCCGUAUUUUAUUAUUUUUAAUAUAUAUUUCGUUUAUAUGUUUAUGUAAUUAAAUAAUUUAUUUUAUAUAUA